AUGAUUCCUCCGAUUCCCCGCAUCGAAGACUAUGGCAUCUCGCCAGAGAGAGGCUUCCUUCCCUCAGAACUGCCGCUGCAUUGUCUGCCACAUCCCGUCUACGACCGGUGGGAGCGCAUCAUAAACAACUUCCAGUCGCUGUUGCUGUCAAAACGAUUAAGAGCCGUUAUCGACAAAUUACCCGUCAUCCCCGCAGUCCACCUAGAGACCGAGGCCGAGUGGCGCAGGGCAUACACUGUUCUGGCAUUUUUGACCCAUGGCUACAUCUGGGGCGGGGACAAACCCGCAGAGGCAUUCUCCGACUACCUUGAACUCCCUCCGGUCGCCACCUACGCCGGGCUGGUUCUGUGGAACUGGAAACCACUAUUCCUCUCCGAUAGUCUCGCUCUGGAAAAUCUUUCCACCUUGAUCACCUUCACAGGUUCGCUGGACGAACAAUGGUUUUAUUUGGUCAGUGUGGCCAUGGAGGCAAAGGGAGGCCCGUCAAUCCCUCUCAUGCUGAAAGCGAUGCAAGCGGCCCGAGACAAUGAUGUGGAAACAGUUUCAAAAUGUUUGCAAUCAUUCGCCCAAACGCUGGACGAAUUGGGCACCUUGCUGGGGAGGAUGUACGACAGUUGUGAUCCUCACGUUUUCUAUCACCGCAUACGACCCUUUCUGGCCGGAAGCAAAAACAUGAAAGACGCAGGUCUCCCCCGCGGUGUUUUUUACGAUGAUGGCAGCGUGCACUCCACAUGGCGGCAGUAUGGCGGCGGAUCCAACGCGCAGAGUAGCAUGAUCCAAUUCUUCGACAUUGUUCUCGGGGUUGAGCACCGACCUACUGGGGCCAAAAAGGACGAGACUUCCGAAUCCGAGGCCGAGCCAGGAGCGGCUCCAAAACCCCGGCAUAACUUCAUCCACGAGAUGAGACAGUAUAUGCCUGGUCCUCACCGAAGGUUCUUGCAGGCGGUGGAAGGAGUAGCCAAUAUCCGAGAUUUUGUCGAGUAUAACAAAUCGAAUCAACAGCUGACGGUUUCAUAUGAUGCGUGUCUGGCAAUGCUUCGAGCUCUGCGAGACAAGCAUAUCCAGAUGGUUUCGAGGUACAUCAUCGUCAAGAGCCGAGAAUCGAGGAGCUUGUCAAGGACACGGCGAGAGAGCAGCUCUGAUCCAGUCCCUCGCGGCGGCAUGGGAAUCGCUGCGAUUCGCUAUGGUCGGCCCGAAGAAGCGGGGGCCGCGAAGAAGAAGAUGCGUGGGACGGGUGGGACAGCGCUCAUCCCGUUCUUGAAGCAAGCGAGAGACGAGACUGGAGAGCCCGCUGUUGAUGCCUGGGCCCGCAAACUUCUCAUGGGAGGUCGGCGAACGGAAGCCGACGCCGAGAUUGCAUUUGAGGACAGAAUCACUCGCGCCGAGAAUUUGGAUACGGAUGAGCCUCAGAUUGUGGGAAUGGCUGGCGCUUGGGACCUAGAGGAUGCUGGCGGUGGUCUUUGUGCUUAUUGA